AUCGCUAUGAUUCCCCAAUGUGAUGCUAGUGCUGAGGAUGGGAGACACUUCUUCCCAACUGCUACAGUGGUUUGAGCACGCGGCCUCACGUACCUACCUGGUAAGGUGUAUAUCGCGGCCAGUCCCUCCUUCACUUAUACCGAGGUAGCUAGUCAAUCUGAUUCUCUACCAACAUGUGCCUCUGGUUGGAUGUGACAUCCCCCGCACGAUCAGUGAGUGCUCUCUGAAUUCUGUUGACCGACGGCUUCUGCGACAUUUUAUUUCCCAAUAUCGCGAGCACAGACUAACGAUGUCCACAUCUCCAUCAUGGGCGACAUCACGAAUCGUAAGGAUCUGAAGCGGAUGGUGCCUCAGCCCAAGACGUACAGGAAGCCGCCAUUCACGGCGGAAAUACUGUAUGGCCAAAAGGUCGAUGGGGAGACUGUACCGCGAAGAAAUGUCCGCACUAGAGAUGACCUCAAGUCAAUUCCUGAACCAGGCGUCACCACGCUCUUCCAGCUUCUCGGGCGGUCAAGCAGAAAGUUUGGCCAGGCGAAGGCGCUAGGCAAGCGCAAGCUUAUCAAGGUGCACGAGGAGACCAAGAAGGUGAGGAAAAUGGUCGAAGGUAGAGAGCAGGACAUCGACAAGACGUGGCAGUACUAUGAGCUGUCCGGGUACAGCUUUAUAUCCUUCGUGGAGUUUGAGGAGCAGGCCCUCAAGAUUGGUUCCGCGUUCAGAGCGAUCGGACUGAGCGCGUCUGAGCGCGUACACAUCUAUGCCGCCACCCACCCGUACUGGCUCGCCAUUGCGCAUGGUGCGGCCAGCCAGAACUUGCCCAUCGUUACUGCGUACGAUACGUUGGGUGAAGAAGGCUUGAAGCAUUCCUUGCAGCAGACCAAAGCGAAGGCAAUUUUUCUCGAUCCGCACCUCCUUACCAGGCUCAUCAAGCCGCUACAAGAGAGCAAACAUAUCCAGCACGUCAUCUAUAAUGACGACGACGCACCAACUUUCAAAGCCGACCCAGACCAAGUCAUGAAGGAUGUCGAGAAACUCAAAGAAGUACAUCCAAACCUUUCUGUUUACAGCUUCUCCGAUUUUAUCAAGAUGGGCGAGGAAAAGCCGGUUGAGCCGACGCCACCUAAGCCUGAUGACCUCUGUUGUAUCAUGUACACCUCCGGGUCGACUGGAACUCCAAAGGGUGUACUCCUCACUCACAAGAACGUGAUCGCUGCCAUUGCCGGCGUUGAUGUCAUUGUUGGUCCAUAUAUUGGGCCGGGCGACGGACUACUGACCUAUCUGGCCCUCGCACACAUCCUCGAAUUCGUCUUCGAGAAUGCGUGUCUCUACUGGGGUGGCACGAUGGGCUAUGGUCACCCAAAGACAAUCUCGGACACCUCAAUGAAAAACUGUUGCGGAGAUAUCGUGGAAUUCAAACCGACCAUCUUGGUCGGUGUGCCAGCAGUCUGGGAAGCGGUCAAGAAGGGCAUUGUCGCGAAAGUCAGCAAGAUGAGCCCGAUGGUGCGCUCUUUGUUCUGGGGCGCGAUGUAUACCAAGAGCUUUCUGAUGCACAACGCUGAUUAUCUUCCGCUAACUAGGAUCGGAACCAGCGUUGUCGAUACUGUCGUCUUCCGGAAGAUCCAAGAAGCUACUGGAGGCCGCCUACGCAUCUGCAUGAACGGUGGUGGACCAAUUGCUAAAGAGACACAACAUUUCAUUUCCAUGGCCAUUGCACCAAUGAUAUCUGGCUACGGGCUCACCGAAACAACCGCCAUGGGCGUUUUGAUGGAUCCAAUGGCGUGGACGAACACGGCACUCGGCGAAAUUGUUGGAUGCGCCGAGCUGAAGCUCGUCGACUUCCCUGACGCGGGAUAUUUCUCGACGAAUGAACCACCACAGGGUGAGAUCUGGAUCCGCGGAGACUCGGUUGCGAAUGGUUACCUUGAACUCGACGAAGAGACCGAGGAGUCCUUCACCGAGGAUGGCUGGUUCAAGACGGGUGACAUUGGCGAAUUCGAUGAUGCCGGCCAGCUGAGGAUCAUCGAUCGAAAGAAGAACUUGGUCAAGACACUGAACGGCGAGUAUAUUGCUCUGGAAAAGCUGGAAGCCAUUUAUCGGUCAUGCCCGAUGGUCGGAAAUGUCUGCGUGUACGCCGCACCGGACAAGCAAAAGCCAAUCGCAAUCGUAUUACCUAACGAAGCAGCUAUGAGACAGAGUGCGGGUGAUAAGGGUAUUCAAGGCCACGACUUGGAAGAUUUGUGCCAUAAUGACAAAGUCAAUGCUCUGGUCCUCAAGGAGAUGCAGAAUGGAGGACGUCAGGGUGGACUCGCAUCAUUCGAGAUCAUCGAUGGUGUUGUACUGGCUGUUGAGGAAUGGACACCGCAGAACGGGCUUGUCACAUCGGCGCACAAGUUGAACCGCAAAGGUCUGGUGGAGAAGUACAAGAUGGAGAUAAAUAAGGCAUAUGGCAACUAAGCAGAUGGUCCAACUUCAAGGAUCAACCUAGGUACGGAGCACGGUAGGUACCUACUUUCUGGGGUCUGACGACACUUUUAUUGCCUAUUUUGUGUUUUACCUGGUUGACGUAUCUAUCGAGGAAAAGCGGACGUAAUUGUACUAUCUUUCCACCUUUGGAUAUCAUAUGAAAAGUCUCAACGGGGACCAUGCAGGGGACGAGGGCAAAAUUGUCAGCGGUUCUAGGGCCUCAGUAAUAGGCUGGGCCCGUGUUUGUAUUUUACAGUUAUAGUCAUCUCUAGCUGCCAGAGGCGAGCGCUGGAAGGGUCAAGGGCCCGUCAGCACCUACGAGAAGUCGGCGGCUAUGGACAUUUCGUUCGUGGUUUGAUUCAUGUUUGAUGAAAAUAC